UUCAAAACUGCCUUCGAAGCCGAAAAUAAAACAAAAAAAAAAAAUCUAAAAACCUUACGGAAAACUCAGCCAUGAAUUUUUGUGAUAUGAUGAUACACAUUUAUACUCGCUUGCCUUCUCCACCCUCUUUACUCUGCCCCUGUUCUGAUUGCAUAUCCACACAACAGAACAACCAAAAAAAUAUAAGUAACAACAAGCUGUACUCUCGAUUGGUCUAUGAUGUGUUUCGAGAAAGCACAGCCAGCCAGCUAGCUAGCAAGCAUCCGUUUCGAACACUCAAAAGCAAUCCACCGCCGCGAAUCUAUUUUCUAAGUUUAUUUAUACCCGAAAUUUAUGAAAUGUUUAGAUUUGAAUCCGAUUGUGAUGCUUGCAGAUGUAUCUUGAAACUAAGCAGAUUCGUGGCGAGCGGGCGCAGGGAGUUCGAUUUGAGGAUUUGUUUUCUGGCACAGUGAUGCGCUGUAAUGGUGAGAGAGAAUGAGAAGACCGAGAAGAUGAAAACGAAGAAGUUCGUUUCUGUGUUUACGACGGCAAUGUGAUUUAAUUUUAGUUUUCGAAGUGAGAUGAGGAAACGCCAAGCAAAACACGAGCAGCAACCGAAAGCCAGCCAGCCAACCAUCCACGCUUGUUGGCUAGUUCUACACUCAUCAGUUGCUCGACGCUGUAUCUCUGAAUUGAUCUCGUUUCGUUCGUGUACAUUUUCUUGUAUCCAGAGAGCUCAAUAUUUGGAUAAAAAAUCCUCUUUUUUCAAUUUUCUAUAUCGCAGUUAAAUAUAAACCUUCAAAACGGCGGCGCAUAUUAAACGAAUCAACAUGGAGAAAACUCCACGCUACACUCAACGUGAACGAAAUAUGGUACUGGGCUUUGCUGCCCAAUACAAGGACGUUAUUGAAAAUAAGCGAACAGAUGCCGAAUCGAAUCGCAAAAAGGACGAAGUGUGGCGAGUGAUAGCAAAAGAGUUCAAUUGUCGGGUAUAUCAUCAGCGAUCGUCCAAACAGCUUAGACAAUUAUACAAAAAUAUGAAACUUCUGUUGAAGAAAGACCUCUGCAAUGAUAGUAAAAACUCAAAGUCAUUUAUGGACAUUUUGGAGGCACUCUCACAACAGGAUUCUAUUAAUCAAUACCUCUCGUCGACAGGAUCGCCGAGUGGUUUCAAUGGUCGACAACCAGCAAAAAUGGAAUUCGAUGGUGACACCAAGAUGAUGACCGGCACAUUCGAUAGCGAUGUGAUUGUUAUAAAAGCUGAAGAUAUCAGCGACAACGAUCAAUCAUCUUCGGUGCACAAUGGUGACAUGGAUGACGAUGACGACGACGAUUGCCUUAGCAACAAAGACAUUCCUGAAGUGUGUCUGGAGGAGGAGGAUGAGGAGCUCUUUAGUCGCCCACCUGCACAAUCUACACCUGAUAUAGCAAUGCGAAAUAGUGUGCGACAAGCCAUGAACAACAACUAUCCCCGUGGAAACAUGAACGAACCGUCAAGUCCGACGAAUCGUAUGUCCAAUGCAAGUGGGUCUGCAUCAAAUAAAAAUGAGUUCCUCCUCAACCUGGCCAUCGAAGAGCGAAAGCGUAAGAUCGACCUGUUGAAUGCACAAAUUGAGUACUGGAAAACACUGACCCGAAAGCUGGAAAUAACCGGCCACAACGGUUGUCCGUGUCACAUACCAAAGAUGAAUGGCCAUCAUGGCCAAAGCUAGUCACAAUCACAAGAAUUGGCUAUUUUCAAAGAAAACUCACAUCACGUGUGUAAGAUUAGUUUUUAUUUCUUUUUUUAAUUUGUAUUCUUAGUCCCUGUGUCAAUGAUAAGUCGGCUUUUAUUUUAUUUAAUUUUUUUGUUUGUAGAGAUGUACAAAUGUUGUUCCUAAACUAGUCUAGGUUUUUUUGUUUAGACCCAGAAAUGAUACCAAAAAGAAACAAAACCAACCAAAAAGGGUGGUUAUUUUAUUUAGCCUGUAUUUGCCAUAAAAAUAAACAAUUAAUUUUAAGUCUUAAAAAAUUCAGCUAUUGAACCGUUUAACUUUAAAAGGCAGCACGGUGCAACUUUGUAUUUUUAAGUUUUAAAUUUGUAAUGUUUUUUGUAUGUCCUUGUCACAUUUUAUAAGUAUUUAUUACACAUACAAAUUUAUGUUCAUUAAAAUUUCUUUCAUAUAUUUAAAUCAAAUGAGAUGAAUAAAUAAAAAAAAAACUUAAUAGUGUAACGAUGGAAAAGUAUGUAAUUGUGUAAAGUAAUAAAAUGAAUAUAAAUGCAUGCAAAAUGCAUUUAUCAAACAACAACAAAAAAUUACAAAAAAAAAAAAAAUUUUAAACAAAAACAAAAAAUAUAUAAUGUAUGGAUUUUCCUAGUCAGUAAAUUAUUUUUU